AACUGAGUAGUGUUGCUAGUGACAACAUACUAAACGAUUUUGAAGCCAAGGUGGAAGAAUUUAUCUGAAAGAACAGGUUGAGUCGAUCAAAAUGGACGCAGAAGCACUACACCUUGAAGUAGACUAUGUUGCCAGUAGUGGUGUCAUUCUAAGUGUUGAACAGAAAGCAGCUUUACAGUCGUCUCUUAUUAUUUUAAAGACACAACAACAGCUUUUAAAAAUUCAAUUUUGGGGGAAAAUUCUUGGAACAAAAACAGACUACUUUAUUGUACAAGGAGUUGGAAAUGACGAGCUUAAAGAACGAAAGACCCUUUACAGUACUGAUUGCAUAAAAUGGGCUCAACUGCAGUUGCCUGAAGAGGAAACAAAAAGGAGAUGCCUCCUAAUCAAAGGAAGGUUUACAGGAGAUCCAUCACACGAGUAUGAAUAUGUAGAGCGAAGUACAGAGGCUGAUGAUGGAGAGCAGGAUGAAGAAGAAAAUACAAAUAUGGUUUUGAUAAAGGAAGAGGAUCGUUUAGCCACUGUCAUAACAGCUAUUGACCAGGAAGUUGCCAUUGUACCAAGAGGAGCAUAUAUCAGAGUCCCCACUGGUGAAGUUCGAAAAAACAGGAUGUUUGAAGGAUUGUCACCUGCUGAAGCUGGAAGACUUUCAUCGUAUUUUCAUUUCAGAGAACCAAUAUUUCUUCAAGAAAAAUCAUUGUUGCAAAAGGCUGAUCUUGAUAAGGCCAUUGACUUUCUGGAUCCAAUCGAUGCUGACAUUCCUCAAAAUGGGUCGUGGAGUAUUCAGUUUGAGCGAGGUAGUGCAAUUGUUGUUCUACGCAGCCUUCACUGGCUUGGCUUCACAUUCUACCAUGUUCCAGCUACCAGGAAUUUCGGAUACGUGUAUGUUGGUACGGGAGAGAAAAACCUGGACCUUCCAUUCAUGCUUUGAGAAGCUUCUAAUCCUAAUUUCUUGUAUAUUAUGUAAGAUUGAUACUCUUAUUUUAACAGCUUUACUUAA